UUAGAAUACACAGAGAAAAAGAAAGCAACAAGAAAACUGCUCAAUGGGUAACACAGUGACAGUUGAUGCUACUUGCUCGGGUUGCAAACGAGUCAUCAGAAAUGUUACACGUGCUAAGAAUGGAGCUUAUGUUUGCCCAAAUUGUGAAGGCUGUGCUGAUGGUUACAAAAAAGCUGAAAAGAAAGGUGCUGUCUGCCGUGCAUGUGGUGAAGUUAAACUAGUGCCAAAAGACACUGAUCUUGAAAAUGGAUUUUACUGUAACGACUGUGCUGCCUUAAAAAGAGAAUAUAUUCAGAAGCAAAUAAAAAGUGGAAAAUCCAGCGGUACUUCUUUUCAUGCAAUUGAAAAUUGACUUGGUGUUGUGAUUUUAUAUUAUUAG